AUGAUCCGAAAAAUCUGCUUAAUCUUCUCUCUGUUCUUGUCGGCUUCUGCCUUUCUUACUCCAAAUGCCAGAAGAGGGACUGCUACGUCGAUGAAGAUGGCUGAUUUUUCGUUGGAUCCAAGUUGCACAGCAUUUGUUUUCAUUGAAUAUCAGAAUGAAUUCACGACCGAAGGAGGAAAGCUCCACGAUGCUGUACUGGACGUCAUGGAGAAAACAGGUAUGCUUGAAAACUCUUCCAGGCUGGCAGAUUACGCUCGAACGACAGGAUGCAUAGUGGUUCACCUGCCAAUCAAUUUUGAAAAAGGACAUCGUGAGAUUGCCGAAACUCCUUACGGUAUUCUUGCUGGAGUCAAGGAAGGAGAGGCCUUUACCAAUGGCGAAUGGGGCAGUUGUUUUGUAGAUGCAAUGAUGCCCCAACCUGGAGAUCUUGUCGUCAAGGGAAAGUCUGGUCUCUGUGGAUUUGAGACAACCAACCUUGAUUUUCUCCUUCGCCAACGAGGUACAAAGAACAUUGUUCUUGGAGGAUUUCUAACCAACUGUUGCGUUGAGUCCACAAUGCGAAGCGCCUAUGAAAAAGGAUACAAAGUCUACACCCUCAUGGACUGCACUGCUGCAACGAGCAUGGAAGCUCAUGAAGCAACUAUCAAACAUAAUUUUGGAAUGUUUUCAGUUCCAGUAAACAGUGAAGAUAUCAAAAGUGCGAUUUCCGUGCAAGUCGUUUAG